GCUUUAAGGAGGCGCCGGGGCGGGGGCGGGGACGGGCCAGAGCGGCCGGCGGGCCGCGGGCCGGAGCAGUCAGUCUGGCAGCCGCGGGGCCCCGCGAGCGCGGCGCUGCCUUCUCACAGGCGCAGGCAUGGAGGAGGCGGCCUGAGGGCAGAGCCUGGCUGAAGCGCGCGGUGAGCAGUCGGGCCGCCUGGGAGGGGAGGGGACCCUGCCCGGCGCUUUGUUCCGGGCGGGAGGUGUGGCCGCCCCGGGCCCGGCCGCGCUCGCCAAAAGCAGACUGCGCUCCCAGGCUGGCGGUGAGUGGACCUUUGCCCGCACCGCUGGCUCCAGCGGAACGGGGUACGGUCGAGAAAUCCGCCACGAUCGAGACCCCAGUGGGAAGGGCCUGACCACCGCCCAAAGAGCCCCUUUCAUGGUAACCGCCCUUGGGUUCCUUGGCUGCCCUGGCGAGAACCCGCGAGAAGGUCUGACCUACCAGCAACAUGGCAACCAGUGCCGUCCCCAGUGACAACCUCCCCACAUACAAGCUGGUGGUGGUGGGAGACGGGGGCGUGGGCAAGAGUGCCCUCACCAUCCAGUUUUUCCAGAAGAUCUUUGUGCCUGACUAUGACCCCACCAUUGAAGACUCCUACCUGAAACACACCGAGAUUGACAAUCAAUGGGCCAUCUUGGACGUUCUGGACACGGCGGGGCAGGAAGAGUUCAGCGCCAUGCGGGAGCAGUACAUGCGCACGGGGGACGGCUUCCUCAUCGUCUUCUCGGUCACGGACAAGGCCAGCUUCGAACACGUGGACCGUUUCCACCAGCUCAUCCUGCGUGUCAAGGACAGGGAGUCAUUCCCGAUGAUCCUCGUGGCCAACAAGGUCGAUUUGAUGCAUUUGAGGAAAAUCACCAGGGAGCAAGGAAAAGAAAUGGCGACCAAACACAAUGGACAAAAUGGAGAGAAUUGCUUACCUCGGAGGGUUAAUAUGAGGAUGAGUGACGGGGAUGUUGAGACCUGGGAGGCCAAACAGCCGGAAGUCACCUUGAUUCCGUACAUAGAAACCAGUGCCAAGGACCCACCUCUCAACGUGGACAAAGCCUUCCAUGACCUGGUUAGAGUAAUUAGGCAACAGAUUCCAGAAAAAAGCCAGAAGAAGAAGAAGAAAACCAAAUGGCGGGGAGACCGGGCCACUGGCACCCACAAACUGCAGUGCGUGAUAUUGUGAUGGCCCAAGGCCCUGGGCACAGUGACCGGGAACUGGCCAGCCCUCGGGACCCCUCCACUGCCUAACCGCACUGAAGACCAUUUCUAACCAUGACCCUUGGCCCGAGGACUUGGCACAGGAAGGGAGAGGGGGAGGGUGGGUGGGGAGGAGAUAGGGUCUGGCUUUGCUGGAAGGCAUAGGCUUCCCCGUGUCUCAGCUGAGGUGAGGAGGCAGCAGUCAACAGAGCAGCCUCCAAGCCCCUGUGCUGAUGCAACCCGGUCCCCUCUCUCUUGGUGGCUGUGUCGUUUCUUUGAACUACAUAGUGUGGGUUUGAUGUGGAAGUGUUUCUCCACACACAAAACAAGCCAUGAUCAAGCUCCCCCGACCCGCCCUUGUCCCCAGUCCACAGUGUCAGAGCUUGGGUGUCUUUGGUAGAUUUUUAAAUUAUUUUAGUGAUUAUUAUUUUAUUAAAGGGGUCUGCGCCCACUGCCUGGUGAAGUUUCAAGUCUUUGGCAGGCCCCUCUGAUAACAUGUCUGGAAUAUUGUUCUCGUUUUUUAACUGAAUGUCCCCGGCCGUGCCAAAACUCAACUCAGUGUGACCGUAGAGUGACCGAGAGAUGGGAAGUUUAUGGUUGGAGGCCUCGGGAGAAACAGACCCUAUAAAUCAGAGAGAAGAGAGAUGUGUUUACCCGGAAGGUUUUACUGUGAUCGAGGAUGCAGAUAUUAGGAAACGGAAUUUUCUUUUGCAGAGAGGAGAGGCUGGCACGUCACUUUUUAAAAAGGGCUUCUCAUCAUCCUGGAAAUGUAUACAUUAAGUAAGCUGUUUGGUGUUGCAAAUGUGCUCGUUUCUUUUUCCGAUAAUGUGGGUUACGUUCUGUGUUCUUCACAGCCAUGUGAGAGGGCUCUCUCUCUCUCCCACCCCCUGGGCUGUCUGGUGCCUCUGAUACAAACACGCUGACACAGGCAUGUGUGUCCUCCGCGUCGAAGUCAGCGAGUGUGGAUGCCAUCCGAAACACUAGUCUGUGCUCAAUCAUAACCAAAAAUGAUCCAAUACUGUUCUUACUAAAACAGCACCAAGACCUGAAGCCAUGUUCCCUUGGAGUCAACUGACUCACUUCUUAAGCCCAGUCAAUGAGCAAAACCCCUUUAAAGCAUUUGCAAACUUAGUCUUAGGUUGCCUUUCUGGCACAAAUUUUUAUUAACCUCUUGGAUCUUGACUAUAUUAUGUAAUUGGAGGUGAAAGUAGGGUUGGGGUGGUGACAUGGCUCCCAAACACGUCUCUCUACAAGGGGACAGUCCCCCAGCUCCCUGACGAUGCCCACCUCCCUCCCAGGUGCUGCUGGUGUGAGCCAGGCUGGGGGUGAGGUGGAGGGGCAGCGGGAACAACACCACAUCCUCGAGAGAAAGUCCAAAGAUGAGACAGUGGGCUAGUGACCUUAUUUUACAAAUCAGGCCACCAAGCAAACUAGAACAUCCCUAGCGGGUUGGCCCGGCCACCGUUGGGAGAAAGAAACCUGAGGAAAGUGAAUAUCCAACCGGACAUUGAGAUACCUGGAUUUUUCUCUAGUUUUGAGAGUGUGCUGAGUUCCUAACUGGGCAGGAUCACCAGCACCCAGCAGGGGUAUGGGUGGGUAGGGGGCAGCCAAAGAACAAUUCUGCCAUAGAACAAAAUAGUUAGGGCAUUUGUUUGUUGGAAAAAAAAAAAAUCAAACGUCUUUAUGUGUCUAAAUAGCCCUUUUUUUUCUGGCCCUAAAAGGGAGGAUGACAAAGAGCAUUCCAGAUCAGGCCCUUCAGAGCUUCUCAAGAUCUUAUAAUAUUAAUGGGCCUUCUAAACACUAACAAGACGAGGCUCUUUCCAACCCUUAGGCUCCUCUGAGCCACAUCCCAGCACUCGGGUACAGAUGAGUGGCAGCUGUAAACGGGAGAUAAGGAAGAGGCGAGACAGAUGGGCAGAAGGAAGGAUGGUGAUGUGGCGAUGGAGGGAGUGGUGGAGCCGGACAGGAAGCCCCACACACAGGGCAGCAUCCACUGCUGGAAACCUCCCGGGCAUGGACCACCACCGGCACCCCUGCCACUGCGGAGCCUACAGCUCCUGACAGCACUGAGCAGGGAGCCUUGUUAGGAGCAGAUCAGUUGCGCUGGAAUGAAGCCCUUAGCCAUCGAGGUAACCAGCCAAAGGGAUUCCAGCUGUUUCCAGACCCUCCCCCAAUAGGGCAUUGCAUCUGCCCUACCCCAUGUUCCUGGGCAUCUCUUCUGCACUCAGCCCACAGCUUCAGACCCACGAUGCCUGAGGGAGAAACUGGGUAAGGGGUGGCCUUCUGUAGCCGCCCAGUUGAGUGGUUGGCCUUCAUCUCCUAUGACCUCAUUCUCCCCAUAGGCAAGAUGGGUAAAUAACAUUUAUAAGACAUUUCUCUGCAUUUUAGAGAACUGUGGGCCCUUGUGGCAGUGGCAGCUGAGGCCUGAGUGGAGAACAGGCCUGAGUAGAGUGCAUCCAGGGGCAUCCCCAGUACCUGGCUACCCUGCAGGGUCAGUCUGGAAAACCAGUUGGCCAUGCUACUGACUGUGCAGCCCAAUGGGACUUGUGUCUUUGAUGACAUUCUGGUAUUCCCACUGGUUUUCCACCUGAAUAGUGCUACCUUCACACCCGCUGGAACACACCCUUCCUGAAAUCCACUCACCCUGUGCCUUUGGCACUCUGUGCUCUCCCAUCUCCUAACAUUCCGCCACCCUUCCCCCACUUAGAGGGCUUCUUUUCUUCCCAGCAAGUAAUCCUAGCCAUCCUCCCCACCCCCACACCCUGGGGGGAUGGCCACUGACUUUCCCUGUACUGGGCCUCACAGGGGACACCUGAAUGGCUUCUGUUAGGACUUUGCCCACCUUCUCUCAGAGAGUGCAUGGUAGCCUAGUGUGGCCUGUCUCACUUUCCUAGGAGAUGUGACCCACUAACAUGUGGCAGCUCUAACCCAAAGGCCCCCUCAGAUGCAUUACAGUAAAUCUGGAGCCAGAGAGAGAGGUCCCCUCCAUUCACAGCCCACUGGAUUAGACAUUCCGUGUAGGGCUUACUUAGAAUGAAAGAUACUUGAAUUACUGAGCGCUGCGAGCGCCCAGCUUCUGUUACAGUGUUAGCCAUUGUCUACACAGGUGGCCAUUGUCACGAAAUGAGAGUGAUGCCUGAAGAUCUCGAUGAUGCUUGAGCCUUUUAUGUAACUUUUAUUAAGUCUUUGUGUAUCUCAACUCAUUAAUAAAGAAAAGAAGAGGAACAGUC